UAUUUGGGGCUUGACCUGGACAGUCGUUGGAGCUUCCGCGCUCAUUUCCGGAACCUGGUCCCUCGCCUUAUGGCAGCCGCCGGCGCUCUUAGCUGGCUGCUGCCAAAUGUGAGGGGCCCGGGAGAAGGUUCCCGCCGCCUAUACCUCGGCGUGGUGCGGUCCAUGGCCCUGUACGGGGCCCCCAUCUGGGUGGGGGCCCUAGGUAGGGAAAAUGUGGCCUGUCUUAACAGGCCACACAGGGCCAUGGCCAUCAGGGCCAUUAGAGGCUACCGCACCAUAUCCGGGGAAGCGGCGGGUCUGCUGGCGGGGUCUCCUCCGUGGGACUUGGUAGCGGAGCUCCACGCGUCAGUG